UGAUUUCCUCAAAAUCCCACAAAACUGCCAAAGUACAACAAAAUACAACUACAAGGGCAUUCUCGUCUACACAAAGUAUCACAUCUCAACCUGACCGACUAACCCUAUGGACCCACUCACCUUUAUAUAAACCACAACCCUCCUCUCACUUCUCUUCUGUGCCGUGCAGCUUAAUAAAACCUCCAACUCCCACCCACCUCCACCGCCACUUUCCGGCCACCAUGGAAGCACCACCGCCACGGGUUUCACCACCCCAGUUGCCUCCCCUUUCAAGAACCGGCUCAAACACCCUCCCCACCACACUCCUAAACAAAUACGAGCUCGGUAAAUUACUGGGGCGUGGCAGCUUCGCUAAAGUUUACGCAGCUCGCUGCUUAGCUGAUAAAAAUAAGAUCGUAGCCAUAAAAAUCAUCGACAAGGUACGUACGGUGGAUACGGCGAUGGAGCCGAGAAUUAUAGCCGAGAUCUCAGCCAUGCGGCUCUUACUGCACCACCCAAAUAUUUUAAACAUCCAUGAAGUUAUGGCCACGAAAACCAAAAUUUUCCUGGUUAUGGAGCUUGCAUUAGGCGGUGAUCUUUUCACCAAGGUGGUUCAACGUGGUAAGCUUAGUGAAACCAAGGCUCGUAAAUAUUUUCAACAGCUCGUCUCAGCUUUACAUUUCUGUCACCAAAACGGCGUGACUCAUCGAGAUGUGAAGCCCCAUAAUUUACUCCUCGAUGCUAACGGUAAUAUUAAGGUUUCUGAUUUUGGGCUCUCGGCUUUAGCCGAGGCGGCUCAGAAUAAUAACUCAGCUGUUCUUCAAACGGCUUGUGGGACCCCAGCUUUUGCGGCGCCGGAGGUUAUGGCACGGCGGGGAUACGACGGUGGUAAAGCGGAGGCUUGGUCUUGUGGGGUGAUAUUAUUCUUCUUGUUGUCAGCUAAGUUACCGUUUGAUGACACUAAUAUUGCAGCUAUGUAUAAAAAGAUUCAAAGAAGAGAAUAUCAAAUGCCGUCUCCGAUAUCUAAGUCGGCGAAGUCUAUUAUAACUCAGCUUCUUGAUCCGAAUCCGAAUACCAGAAUGAGUUUAGAGCAAGUAAUGAAGCAUUCUUGGUUCUUGAAGAAUUAUGAAUUACCAACUCCGAAUAGUAUAUUUGAGUUAGAGCAGACUAAAUAUUGUAAAUUUGAUACUUCUAAUGUGACUGCGUUUGAUAUAAUAUCUUUGUCGUCGGGAUUGGAUUUGUCGGGGCUCUUUGAUUCGAGGAAUAGGAGGGAAAAGAGGUUUACUUCGAUGGAGAAAUUGGAGAGAAUAGUGGAGACAGUGAGGGAGGUUGGUGGGAGAUUGGGGUAUAGAGUUGAAGAGGGGAAAAGUGGAGCAAUUGGGCUGGGGAAAGGGAGGGUGGCGGUGGUGUUUGAGGUGUUGGAGAUAGCAGAGAAUCUGCUGGUGGUGGAGGUUAAAGUGGUCGAGACUGGUGGUGGUUGUGUGGAGUUUCAAGAGGUUCAGUGGGUGGAGUUGAAAGAUGGGCUUCAAGGUGUUGUGCUGAAUUGGCAUAGUGAUGCUCUUUGAAAGGGCUGGCUGCUGCUGGUGAGAUUGGUGGUGGUGGUGGUGGUGGUGGGUGGGGGAGUUCGCCGGAGGAACAUAAGGGGAAAUCUUUGAAAACUGUAUGUGGAGAAUUGAAAAUUCUUUGAAUAUUGUUUUCAGCCUAGAGUUUAAUUUAGUGCUUAAUUAGCCUGUAUGAGGUUGAAUGAUAUGAUGAUCUUUGUUGUUUUAAGUUUUGUAUAUGUAGCCUUAAUUUUAGUUGGAUUGAAAUUGUGAAUUUGGCUUGUGAUCUUUGAUUUGUUAAUGACAUAAAAAUCACAGCUUGUGUAUACGAAACUCCAGAUAAACUAUAAAUCUGUAUUGCUGGUGUCAUUUUGAUAA